AUGCUUUUCAGUUUUGUCCACUCAGGAAAAUUCCAGAAUUCUUAACACUGUACUGCGACAGCUGAAGGAGAAAAAAAUAUUAGUCGUCUUCCCUUUCCGAGAAUCGGCGGCAGUUAACCGCAUAGUCAUUUGGUCGAUACGUCAGCCAUGGUGGGACGACGGGUGGUGUCAAAACCCAGCCGGAGCGACGAGAUUUUAGAUCCCGAUCAGCAGCUUCAGAUCGCCGAGCAAGUCAGAGCUCAAUUCGACGCCCUCGCCCCGAAAAGACCCGCCAAACCUAACCGGAGCGAGCCCGAUUCAUCACUCCCAAUGCCCGCCGGAGACAUCCCUAUUCCUGAACUUGAUAAGCUCCAAUCCCUCCGAUCGCAAGCUGUAUUUUUAGAAACUGAUAAAGUGGAGCAAGAGGAAUUCGUAGAGACUCACUAUUACGAUGAGCUGGUUUCUAUUGACAAGCAGCAUCAUACGACGGGAACUGGGUUCAUAAAGGUGGGUGGUGAAAACGGAUACGAGUUUCAGUUGAACCAAGGCCAAGAAAACUGCAGCAAUGGAUUCAAAGCUGCAGUGUUCAAGACUAAUCCUGGAACUAAUGAUUGGAUUCCCAGCGUUGAAGAUCAGGUCCAGUUUUCUUCUUCCAAGCCAAAUCGGAGCGAGGGUGACUAGACCACCGGCCAACUACGAGUGUACUCUAGGGUGAAUCAGAUCGAGUCAUCUAGAAGCAGAGAAUAAAAAAAGAAGUGAAUAAAAAGUGA